AUGGCGGCGGCGGCGCCUGCUGCUGCGGCUUCUUCCGAGGCGCCGGUGGCGACUGCGACGGCUAAGCCCGGGGCCGGGGACGAGGACAGUCGAGAGGUCCGAGUGCUGCAGAGCCUGCGGGGCAAGAUCUGUGAAGCGAAAAAUUUACUGCCAUAUCUUGGACCCAACAAAAUGAGAGAUUGUUUCUGCACCAUAAAUUUGGACCAGGAAGAGGUUUAUCGUACCCAAGUUGUUGAAAAGUCUUUAAGCCCAUUUUUCAGUGAAGAAUUUUACUUUGAGAUUCCAAGAACUUUCCAGUAUUUGUCUUUCUAUGUUUAUGAUAAGAAUGUUUUACAAAGAGAUCUUCGUAUAGGAAAAGUAGCCAUCAAAAAAGAAGAUUUGUGUAACCACAGUGGCAAAGAAACCUGGUUUUCGCUACAGCCUGUCGAUUCCAAUUCGGAGGUUCAGGGUAAAGUUCACCUUGAAUUAAAACUGAAUGAACUGAUAACAGAGAAUGGAACUGUGUGCCAGCAGCUUGUUGUACACAUCAUGGCAUGCCAUGGGUUGCCCCUCAUAAAUGGACAAAGCUGUGACCCUUAUGCAACAGUUUCUCUAGUGGGCCCUUCUAGGAAUGACCAAAAGAAGACAAAAGUAAAGAAGAAAACAAGCAAUCCGCAGUUUAAUGAAAUCUUUUAUUUUGAGGUAACCAGAUCCAGUAGUUACACAAGGAAGUCCCAGUUCCAGGUAGAAGAGGAGGACAUUGAAAAGCUAGAAAUUAGGAUCGACUUGUGGAACAAUGGAAACCUGGUUCAAGAUAUUUUCCUGGGUGAGAUUAAGGUUCCUGUGAACGUGUUAAGAAAUGAUUCCUCUCAUCAAGCCUGGUACUUGCUACAACCAAGAGACAAUGGAAACAAGUCAUCUAAAACUGAUGAUCUGGGGUCUCUUCGAUUAAAUAUAUGUUAUACAGAAGACUAUGUGCUUCCUUCAGAGUACUAUGGUCCUUUGAAAACGUUGCUGCUAAAAUCACCAGAUGUUCAGCCGAUAUCUGCCUCAGCUGCUUACAUUUUGGGUGAAAUUUGUCGAGAUAAAAAUGAUGCUGUUUUGCCCCUUGUACGACUGCUGCUGCACCAUGAUAAACUUGUUCCUUUUGCCACUGCAGUGGCUGAAUUAGACUUGAAGGAUACACAAGAUGCAAACACAAUUUUUAGAGGAAAUUCUUUGGCUACCCGAUGUCUGGAUGAGAUGAUGAAAAUAGUGGGAGGGCACUACCUGAAAGUCACAUUAAAACCUAUUCUAGAUGAGAUAUGUGAAUCCUCAAAAUCCUGUGAAAUUGAUCCUAUUAAAUUGAAAGAGGGAGAUAAUGUAGAAAAUAAUAAGGAGAAUCUACGCUACUAUGUAGACAAGUUAUUCAGUACAAUUGUAAAAUCAAGUAUGAGCUGCCCCACUGUAAUGUGUGAUACCUUUUAUUCUCUAAGGCAAAUGGCUACUCAAAGAUUUCCUAAUGACCCUCAUGUUCAGUAUUCUGCAGUGAGCAGCUUUGUAUUUCUUCGUUUCUUUGCUGUAGCCGUAGUAUCACCUCAUACUUUUCAUUUGCGACCUCAUCAUCCAGAUCCACAGACAAUUAGAACAUUAACCCUCAUCUCAAAAACCAUUCAAACUUUGGGAAGCUGGGGGAGUCUGUCCAAAAGCAAGUCAAGUUUCAAAGAGACGUUCAUGUGUGAAUUUUUCAAAAUGUUUCAAGAAGAAGGAUAUAUUAUAGCAGUUAAAAAGUUCUUGGAUGAAAUUUCAUCUACUGAAACUAAAGAAUCCAGUGGUACGAGUGAGCCUGUGCACCUGAAAGAAGGUGAGAUGUAUAAAAGAGCUCAGGGAAGAACUCGGAUCGGGAAAAAGAAUUUCAAGAAACGGUGGUUCUGCUUAACAAGCAGAGAGCUCACCUACCACAAACAGCCAGGCAAAGAUGCAAUUUACACAAUUCCAGUGAAAAACAUUCUUGCUGUGGAAAAACUGGAAGAGAGCUCUUUCAAUAAGAAAAAUAUGUUCCAAGUAAUACAUAUGGAGAAACCACUCUAUGUCCAGGCAAAUAAUUGUGUAGAAGCUAAUGAAUGGAUAGACGUACUCUGCAGGGUGAGCCGAUGCAAUCAGAACAGGCUCAGCUUUUAUCACCCCUCUGCAUAUCUCAACGGAAACUGGCUCUGCUGUCUGGAGACCAGUGAGAACGCUCUCGGCUGCAAGCCAUGUACUGCAGGUGUCCCUGCAGACAUCCAAAUAGAUAUUGAUGAAGACAGAGAAACAGAAAGAAUUUAUUCCCUUUUUACCCUCAGUUUACUUAAGCUGCAGAAAAUGGAAGAGGCUUGUGGAACUAUAGCAGUCUACCAAGGACCACAGAAAGAGCCUGAUGAUUAUUCUAACUUUGUAAUUGAAGAUUCUGUAACAACAUUUAAGACAAUUCAGCAAAUUAAAAGCAUCAUAGAGAAGCUAGAUGAACCUCAUGAAAAGUAUAGGAAGAAAAGAUCAAGUAGUGCAAAAUAUGGGAGCAAGGAAAAUCCAAUUGUAGGAAAAACAUCUUAGAGUAUGACCAACUGAUUCAGAAGAACUGGAAAAUACUAUUUUUGUUGGAGUUUUUCAAUUCAUUGUUUAUUUUGUUCCUGGUAUUUAAGAAUGAACAUUGGCUUCAGUGUCACCUAUAUUCACAUUGUAUUUAAUAUUUAAUAAUUGAAAGUAACUGGGAAUCCUGCUAUUGAUGCAUUACUAGAGAAUUUGAAAUUCAAGAUUCCCUUCGUAUCUUUUAUGUCAAAAGCCAUGUGUCUGCAGCUUCUUUUUAAUAGAAUCUUCCUAAAGAAGCUUUAUAACAAAAGGAGAACUCUUCCAUAACAAGAAACCAUCUCUUCCUGUGACACUCCAUGUUCUGUGGACUUUUCACUACCAUUAGUGCCUGCUCUAUACUGCCAAUAUUGUGUUUUACUAGAAAAUCCAGUCCAUGACAAUUCAGAGCUUUCCAUUUAGUUCAUCCAGACCCUCCCUCUUCAAAAAAGAAAAAAAAAAGAGAUUUUCCUUUUGUCUGUUAGUCAUUACAGAUUACAAUAGGGACUUUUGAAAACUGCCAGAGCAUCCUUGAAGGUUGGUAGCUCCUUUUGCCUAUUUAAAGAUGUAAACAGAACUC